GACAAAAUCAGUCAGUGCUUCCGACGUGAAAAAGGAACUAGUUAUGAGUAUCAGCAAAUUCUCACCACAGCCUUUGGGGCUCAGAAAAACCACUGGAAGAGGAAUGCAGAUUUCAACGGAGUGAGGUGUGGAGUCGGGGAAGUGACUGUUAUCUGGACGAAGGUGCUUGGCCAGGGUCUCCUGUACCCCUGACCCAGAGCAGCACUGCAGGCUUGAAGCAAGCACCUUUUCCACUCCAUGGGAACCAUGCAAGGAUUAGAACAGAUGGUGUCAGAGCAUGGCCCUGCGGCAUGCCAGCCAGAGAAGCCUACUACUAUCAAGUCACGUCUGUGGAAACAGAUGUCAGAGAAGUUCUUGAAGGGGGAACCCAAAAUCCUUGGGGUUGUGCAGGUCCUGAUUGCCCUGAUGAACAUCAGUUUUGGAAUCAUAGCAAUGACUGCCACGUUGCCAUUUUACGGACCACAACCCUUUUCAGUGUAUACAGGCUACACAAUUUGGGGGUCAGUGAUGUUUAUUGUUUCAGGAGCCUUAUCAGUCGCAGCAGGAGUUAGAACUACAAAAGGUAUGGUCCAAGGCAGCUUGGGUGUGAAUAUCGUCAGCUCCAUCUUUGCUGCAUUAGGGAUCAUACUCCUGGCAAUCAGCUUAAGUGUAUCACAAUUUCACUAUCAUUACUGUCACUAUGGUCAGAAGGAUCAUUGUUUCAUGAUCAACUCCAUUUUAAUGGGUCUGGAUGGCUUAGUGCUGAUUUUGAGUGUGCUGGAGUUCUGCAUAGCCGUGUCCCUCUCAGCCUUUGGAUGCAAAAUAUCCUGUUGUAAUGGUGGUGGAGUUGUGUUCAUUAUGCCAUCGAAUUCUCACAUGGUAGAGACAGCUCCUUCUGCACCAUAUGAGGGUGUUUGAGGCCACCAGCAGAUCCGCAGAAAAAUGUGCCAGAAAAUCUGUUGUGACAGUAAUGCAAGACCCCUACUUAGGAAAGAACCAGAAUCAUCUCAAGACCUCAUUUCAGUGGCUUUAUCUCAGUCAUAGCAGGACUUAAAAUCAAUCAGGUGUAGGGCCUCCCUGGGGGCGCAGGAGUUAAGACACAACCUAUGAAGCAAUCUGCAGCCACUGCAGCAUGAGUUCAGUUCCCGGCCGGCCAGGGAGAAACCCACAUGGCGGGACAGACCUCUCCUGUCUCGCCCGCUGCUCCCCUCAGCACUGUACUUCGGUCUGUCUGCCUGCCUGUCCCGUUCCCGGCUCUGUCUCUGGUGAAUCCUCUCACCCCCCACACCUCUGGCCUAUACACCAAUUCUUGUAUAAAAAUAAAAAUAAAUCUUUAAAAAAAUCAAUCAGGUGUGAAAUGAGUCAAUAGUGCUCGACAGGUUUUAUCUGUCUUCCGGACAUAGUAGAUUGAUUUUAUGUUAGCAAAUGCAAUUUUACAAAUGAAGGGAAAAGAGAGAUUUCUGGCCUGAGGCCUCCCAACGUAUUUCUGCUUCCGUGGACAAUACCUUUCGCUUGUUUAACUGUCUUUUUGCACAUUUGGGGACACAGAGUGUAUUUCCUCUCAGAAAGGUGAAGUUCAUGGCUUUACCCACUUCCUUUCUUCCUGUUUUCCUACCCCCACAGAGAUGCGCUGGGCUGCCACCGUCGGCUCUCAUGGAUCGGUUUCAACUAGUAUGUUCUAUCUCUCUCUCUUCACAUUAACUUUCCUCUUCCCGUCUUUAUUUCUUUCUCCCCUGCAGGAGAGGAUUAUACCGUUAAUCAAAUUUAUAUAAAGUGCCACAUAAGGGAUUGUGGAAUAUGGGAUAUUUACUGAAUGUACUUUAAAUACAUUUGGGUUACUACAGAGCCAAAUACAUGAGAUUAGAAGCAAUAAGUUCAAGUACCACCUUCUUCCCAUUCAGAUGAGAUGUGGUGAGACUUGAGGUUGAUAUUAGGAAGUAUAGACAGUACAGUGUUAAAGAAAUGAAAAUACCUUUGAUUCAAUGAUUCAGAAGCUGUAUCCUGAGGUUUGUUUUAACUCUACUUUUUUAAAGUUUUUUUUUUAAGAUUUAUUUAUUUAUGCGUACAAGAACUAGGGUACAGGCCAGAGGUGGGGGGAGGUGAGAGGAUUCACCUGAGACAGAGUGGGGAACAGAACAGGCAGAUCCACUGAAACACAUUGCUGAGGAGAGCAGCAGGAGAGACAGGAGGGGUCUGCCUCACCAUGUGGGUAGCUCCCUGGCCAGCCGAGGAUCGAAUUUGUGCUGCAGAGGCUGCAGAUUGCUUCGUAGUGUGGUGCUUAACCCCUUCCGCCACCAGGGAGGCCCAACUCUGAUUUUUAAUAAAGAAUUUUUACUGUUUAAGCUAUUUCAAUCAAGUUCCUUAUUAGGCAUCACAUAGGGUUUUAUCAUUUUUCUUCUACUAUGAGUUAUUCAUAUUCUUUACCUAUUUCUUUUUAUACUAUUAUGCAUAGAAAUUUUCAUAUUAGUGAUACUAAUCCAUCAGCUAUGUUCUAUU